AUGAGCCCGCUGUAUGCCUUUGCUAACCGUACGGCUCAUGGAACGUGUGCGUUUGCGACCCGAGUCCAUAAUGGGCAUGUAUCGAAUCCAGUGCCCAGGCUGGGAAAUCAAGUCAAAAACCUCACAAAACCCUCCCUCUCUGUUCCGCAGACUUCAGUCCUUCCAAACUCCUCUCUCACUCUCUCAACCAUGUCGAUCAGAAAACGACCAGACAGCAGCAAGAAAAGCAACGAAAGAGGAAUCCUCUCUAGGGUUUCAUCAAUAGUUGCACAAUCUCCGAUCAUAUACCGGAGCAAGCGAGCCGCCUUCGUAGCCAAGAAGCUCCUGAAGAGCACCGGUAAGGCGGCCUGGAUCGCUGGAACCACAUUCCUUAUCCUGGUCGUUCCGCUCAUCAUCGAGAUUGAACGCGAGCAGCUGUUGAACGAGCUCGAACUCCAACAGGCUAGUUUGCUUGGUACUCCUCCCGUCUUCGCUGCCCCGAAGUAAUUGAAUUGACGGUUAUCAAGAUCACAUGAGUUUAGUUUCUCUGUCUAGGUUUUUAUAAAUCGGAAAACUUCCUAAUUGGGAGGAUCAAUAAGUUGGAAUUUUAUUUUUUUUUGUUAAAAUUAGGUUUUGUGUUUUGAUAAUUUUCUGUAAUUCCUUGGUUUCAAUCUGAUGGCUCUGCCGAUCAUUGCGUUGGAAUAUUUGGAAAUUUGGGGCUGAUGUUAUUGAUGAUCAUGGUUAUUUUAUGUGUUGAUGUUAACAUGUAUCAGAAUUUUUUUACGAUAAAU